AUGAGUAGUUUAGCUGCUGGAGUGUACAUUACGGAUUUUGAGCAGGAGCGUUUGGAUGUGCCGGUUUGGCUCUGCGUCAUGAGAAGAGGAAGGAGACAGGGUUUGGAUGUGGCAGCUCUGCUGAAGGAGACGGUGGAGCAGAGUAAAGACAAUCCCCCACUCCAUGCCUUCUACUCCAUCAAACUGGCUCGCUUUCUUCACAAGCUGUGCAAGAACCCUGCCAGGGCCCGCACUGUUCUACAGGAAGCCAUAGAGCUAAGUCCGGUAAAACACCAGCUAUUUUUGAUUAACCUUCUGGAGCUGGAGAUGUCAGGUGCCCUGCGGACUAAUGGAGGUGGGGUUCUACAGUGUGUGGCCAAAGCUCUUGCAGCUCCUCUCUCCCCAAAAACCAAAAUCCUUUUCUCCCAACGUGGCCUGCAAUUUGCUGAGGACUUUGGGAGCACAGUACAGAGUGUGUGGAGCAUGUAUGAAGGGCACCAGAAGCUGCUGAAGGAACAUGAUGCAAAGAGAGAAGCAGAGAAUGGCGAUAAUGAUGAUCCAGAAAAGAUGAGCAAAAUGGACGUUGCAUUGGCCUUGACGGCGCCACCCACAAUGCCUCACGUUCCCAUGACAACACCACCUCCCUCUGUGAUGGGCGGAGACACGAGUGGAUCAUACAGGAGCUAUGACAGCUGGUACCAGCAACAGUAUGGAGGGUAUGGCAUGGAACCAGUAUAAUCAGUACUACACUACCAGUUAAAUCCCUUCAAAGAUGGAGGUCUGGGGUGCUGCUUCAUGUGAUCCACUCAUACAUCCUCAAUCCUCCAAAAGGCACAGCAGUGCGUAACUUGAGAUAGUGUCAAAAGAGAGAAGGUUAAUGUAGAAACCUAUUAUGAUGUUUUUAAAGGAUGUUACCCUGUCUUUCCCUGAAUUUUCUGUACCAUGUGCCACCUUAAAACCUAAAAUGCAUCUGUAGAUAGAGCUAUAUAUGUAUACCUGUUCAUGCUUGGUUUUGAAGUAAUUUAUCAGUGAAUUAAGUCAAAUUUAUUGAAUUCCUGAAAUGUAUUAUAAACAUUAUUCUUUUGACCAUUUUGUACCAAUUAUUUAAAAUGUUUAAAAUUAGGUUUAUUCUGUGCAGUCACCAUCUUAUAAUUUUAAUAAAAUAUAAUGUAUACAAAACAUGUUUUUUUAAAUUCAGAUAUUUUGUAAUAAAUAUAAAUGUAGUUUUUACUUAAUUGACUUUUAAUAGAUGUUGGCAGAUGAAAGAGACUUUCAUUGU